AUGGAGGUUUCAGUGAUUGGAAAUCCUCAAGCGAGGAUCUGCAGAGCAGAAUUAGCGUACAGAGAGCUCGGAUUUAGGUUUGGGUCUCAAGUAAUCUCUGCUGAAUCGAAAAAUAGGGUUAGUUUCUGUAACCCAAACUCGAAAUGGAAGGAGAUCGGAAUCCGUUGCUCUCCGAUGUCUGUCAAAUGCGAAGCCAUCGUUUCCGAUCAAGUUCCGUUUCUCAAAUCCACUCCAAAACCCAGAUCGCUUGAGAGCGUAAGAUUAUUCGUUGGGCUACCACUAGACACAGUUUCAGGCUGUAACAACGUGAACCACUUGAAAGCCAUCACGGCUGGGCUCAAAGCUUUAAAGCUACUUGGCGUAGAAGGAAUCGAGUUACCGAUCUUUUGGGGAGUGGUUGAGAAAGAAGCUGCAGGGAAAUAUGAGUGGUCAGGUUACUUAGCAGUUGCAGAGAUUGUUAAGAAAGUGGGACUCAAGCUUCACGCUUCACUCUCUUUCCACGGAUCGAAGAACCCGGAAAUCGGUCUCCCUGACUGGGUGGCAAAGAUUGGUGAAGCUGAACAAGGGAUCUAUUUUACAGACAGAUAUGGGAAACAGUACAAAGAUUGUUUGUCGUUUGCAGUAGACGAUGCUCCUGUUCUUGAUGGGAAGACUCCUAUGGAGGUUUACAGAGGUUUCUGCGAGAGCUUCAAGUCUGCUUUCUCAGAUUACAUGGGAAACACAAUCACGGGAAUUACAUUAGGAUUGGGACCAGAAGGCGAGCUAAGAUACCCUUCUCAUCAACAAGACGCCAAGCUCUCUGGUGCGGGAGAAUUCCAGUGUUACGACACACACAUGCUUUCCGCACUCAAACACUACGCUGAAUCCACUGGAAACCCUCUUUGGGGACUCGGAGGUCCACACGAUGCUCCUGCUUACGAUCAGCAGCCUCAUUCCUCUUCCUUCUUCUCAGACGGAGGGUCCUGGGAAUCACAGUACGGCGAUUUCUUCCUCUCUUGGUACUCGUCUCUUCUCAUCUCCCACGCAGACCGAGUCCUCUCUAUUGCGUCAUCCGUGUUUAGCGGAAUUGGAGUGCCUCUAUGUGGGAAGCUACCUCUCUUACACCAAUGGCACAAACUAAGAUCUCAGCCUUCUGAGUUAACAGCUGGAUUCUACAGCUCUAAUGGUCAUGACAGGUAUGAGGCAAUCGCAAAGAUCUUUGCAAAGAACUCUUGCAGAAUGAUAAUACCGGGAAUGGAUCUAUCCGACGAACAUCAAUCACCCGAGUCUCUCUCGAGCCCCGAGUCAUUACUUUCCCACAUCAAAACAUCUUGCAAGAAACAAAGAGUCGUUGUUUCUGGGCAAAACUCGUCCGCACCAGUCCCUGGUGGGUUUGAGAGGAUCGUUGAGAAUCUGAAGGAUGAGAAUGCAGCAAUUGAUCUGUUCACUUACCAGAGAAUGGGAGCACUUUUCUUCUCUCCAGAACAUUUCCAAGCUUUCACAGUCUUUGUACGGAACCUGAACCAAUUUGAGUUGUCCUCAUACGAUCAAGCAGCAGAGGUUGAGGCCGAGACGAUGAACAUAGGUUCAACCACUGGUGCAGCAGCUAGUUUGCAAGCCGCUUGA